CCCGCGGCCGCCGCCGCUGCGGCGCUUCGCUGCGCGGGUCGGCGCGGCGGCAGCAUGUCGCGCCUGCUGCGCAGCCUGCGCGGGUCGCAGGCCGUGGCGCGCUUCCAGCGCUGCUGCGGGCUCUUCCCCGCCGGCGAGGAGGGGCCCGGCGACGCCGCGGAGGCCGGGCGGCCGCACGGCGCCGGGGCCGCGGGCAGCACCGCGCAGGAUUGCGCGCAGAAGUAUGUUGUGAAGAACUAUUUCUACUACUACUUAUUCAGGUUUUCGGCUGCUCUGGGUGAAGAGGUGUUUUAUAUCACUUUCCUUCCAUUUAUCUACUGGAACAUAGAUCACUCUGUGUCUAGAAGGAUGACAGUCAUUUGGUCUAUAGUGAUGUACAUCGGCCAGGUCUCCAAGGACAUCCUGAAGUGGCCCCGGCCCCUCUCGCCGCCCGUGGUGAAGCUGGAGAGGAGGGUGGAUGCAGAAUUCGGGAUGCCGUCCACCCACGCCAUGGCAGCUACUGCCAUCUCCUUCUCCUUUCUGAUCGCAACCAUGAACCAGUACAAGUACCCGUUCGAGCUGGGGCUGACGGGAGCGUUGGUGUUUUCCACCCUGGUGUGCCUCAGCAGGCUCUACACGGGGAUGCACACCGUGCUGGACGUAAUCGGUGGAGCACUGAUUUCGGCCGUGCUGCUGGUGCUCUUCUAUCCCGUGUGGGACAUCAUCGAUCACCUGCUGUUAACGAGUCCCUUCUGUCCACUGCUGUCCAUAGCUGUGCCUCUUGUCUUGUGUUACAACUACCCCAAACUAGAGUAUUACAGCCCUACCAGGGCAGACACCACCGCUAUCUUAGGAGCAGGAGCUGGAGCGACUGUGGGAUUUUGGCUGAAUAACCAGUAUGCAACGCCAGUUUACACCAGGGAAAAUUUUCAGCUGGGGUUUCCUCUGAUCGGUACGAUACUCGUGGUUGCGCUAGCCCGGUUCUUCGUGGGCAUCUGUAUUAUUCUCCUGAUGCGGCAGCUCAUGAAAAACGUGGUCCUCGGCAUGCUGCGCUAUCGGUACAAGUUUCCUAUUGGUGAUCUAGAAGCCAGGAGACGACUGGAAGUUGAGGUGCCCUAUAAAUUUAUAACAUAUUCUUCGGUUGGCUUCAGUGCUACAGUGAUUGUGCCGUUAUUGCAUCAGUUAUUAGGCUUGAUUUGAGCCCAGGUCCUUAAAAAAAAUAGAAUUCAUGCCACCACCAUUUCAGAGAUGCACUAAGUUGUUCCAGGCUGGUAAGUUGACCAAGAAGCGUUUUGUGCCUUUCUGCACUGCCUAAAACACCUGAUUGUGAAGAUUCAUGGGGACGGCUGUAUGCAAAUAACCCAGGGUUAGAAAUCAUGGACUCCGCUGUGUCCCUUCAUUAGAGGCCCGUGGCCCGGACAAGGGGACAUGACAAGCACAGGGUGCAGAGCCGAGGUCGCUGCUGGGGACAGCCACGCUGGGGAGGUCGGCGCAGCCCCGCAGAGAGCUGAUGAUCGCUGUACUUGUCGCUUGUCAUGUCGUCUUCUGACGGCACAGCCAGCCUUGGCGAUGUCGGUGCGUACGGUUUUACCCAUCACGAUUCUUAAUUUUUUUUUUUUUAAAGAAAAGAAAGAAACCAACAUCUGAGUGAUUUAUAACAAAUUUAUCUAGAAUAUUGAUGAGAAAACCUCCACUCGCAGAUCCUUUACCCACGUACAAUUUAACAGAGUUGAUACCACAGUCCGGAGGAUUGUUGAGCUCUGCUUUAGUUACCCAGCGGGAAGAAGGGGGCAAAGCCUCACCCGCGUGCAGGCCUCCUCUGACCAUCAGUGGUCAUGAACUGUGGUGUGGGAAAUGCUGAGUGACUGUAACAUCAGUUCAGAUGACUAUAAUGUCUCGUGAGGAUAAAAUGCCAUAAUUUUCUGGUGCUACACAGCGUUACAAUAGGUCUUCCAUGCGUCUUGCAAUCCCGUGUAUAAACUUGUAGAGUAGUAGUUUGGGAAUGUUCAUAGGAGCAUCACUGCCAUAGCUUUCAGGCUGCUUAUUUUAAAGCUAUAUCUGCAAUUGGGCCAAUGAGCUGUUGACAAAUACAGCGGUGACUGUGGUCUGCUCGGCUAGGAGAAGAAAACGCAACGUUUUCACAUUAUGCCUGCAGAGCUUCCAGCAUGGCCUGCGUGCCUUUUCUUGACAGAACGGGUAGUAAAAUCGGCAUUUUAAGCACAUAUAUUGAUGUUCUCGGGCCACGAAAAAAAUUAACUUCAAGAAUAUAAAGGAGGUGCGUUUCUACCAGUUGACUGUUUGUAUAAAAUAAAAUCAAGCUCAAAAAACUGAACUGAAAGUUUUGUCUGACUAGCUGUAGCCACGCACCUGCAGGAGCAGCGUGAUUUUAAAACAAGGUUAGUAAUCUCCGUAAGAAAUGCAAGCAGAAAUAUUAACGCUUUUUAGAUUUGCACAGGCUGUGGUUAGACUGUUUUAAAGUCGGGUGUGCGGACACAUCCGUCUUCACCCGUGAAGGCAAACAGCGUGGGUGAGUUCUGCGGCGGGAUGCGCGCACGGCCGCGGCAGCCCACGGGACCGGGACACGGCAGCGACGAGGGGCUCGACUGAUGGCAUCGGAGGGUCUCGAGCCCUGCGGAGGUCCCGUAUCGCAGCGAACAGGACCAAAGUGGGGAACGUGCCGUGCGGCAGGCGGGGUCCCUGUCCCGGGGCGGGGACCUGGCUCGGCCCAAGAAAGGCGCAGCAUGACUGGGGCAGGCGGGCGGUUUUAUGCACCUAUUUUCUGCUAUGAAAAGUUUAUAAAUUCUAUGUAAGUGCUUGGGUUUAUGAAGUAUGUGCACAAAUAUUUCUAUCUUUUAUAGUAUUCACCUGCAUGUGGUUUAUGCAGUACAUGUAAGCUGUACUUGGUUGAGAUUUUAAAAUAUACAUUUUUUUCAAAA